UGAAAUUCAAAGACUGCUGUGCACUGAAACCCUCUCAGCCAACAUGGCAAGGUUGCCUAACUCUAUCGGAAUGGGAUCAAGUCGGCGUCAUAACUCAUGUUCCCACAAUCUACUUCUAUAAACCAGACCAUAACUUUGUCACAUCAUCUGACACCAUCGCAAACACCCUCAAAGACUCAUUAAGUCGUGCACUGGUGCCGUUCUAUCCACUAGCAGGUCGUUUGCAUUGGAUUGGCGGAGGCCGCCUUGAGCUUGAUUGCAAUGCCGUGGGGGUUCGAUUCAUUGAAGCUGAGUCUAGUUCAAAACUCGACGACUUUGGUGACUUCUCACCUUCUCCAGAAUAUCAUUAUCUUAUCCCAACUGUGGACUACACCCUCCCAAUUCAUGAACUUCCAAUAUUGCUUGUGCAAUUGACUACGUUCAAAUGUGGUGGUGUUAGUCUUAGCUUGGCAAUAUCACAUGCUGUUGUUGAUGGGCAAAGUGCAUUGCAUUUUAUUUCUGAGUGGGCUAGGCUUGCAAGGGGUGAGCCAAUUGAGGUGGUGCCAUUUCUUGAUCGAAAAGUCUUUCAAGCUUUAAACCUCCCAGCUGGAAGUGCUACUCUAGGGCUUGACCAUUCAGAAUUCAACCAUCCUCCCCUUAUACUUGGGCAAGCAGAUAAUAUUGAGGAGAGGAAGAAGAAGACCACUGUCGCCAUGUUGAGUCUUACUAAAGAUCAAGUUGAGAAGCUUAAGCGGAUGGCGAAUGAGGGUACCAACUUCAACAACUCUGACACUAAGCGAGCUUACACGCGGUAUGAGUCUGUGGCCGGACACAUCUGGAGAUGUGCUUCUAAAGCUAGAGAUCACAAAAAUGAACAGCCUACAGCUAUGGGGGUUUGUGUUGACUCGCGGAGUCGCAUGCAACCCCCACUGCCACAAGGAUACUUUGGGAACGCAACGUUUGAUGUAAUUGCUACUAGUCUUGCUGGUGACUUGGUGACCAAGCCCUUAGGGUACGCAUCAAGUAGAAUAAGGGAGGCGAUCGAGAAAGUGACAAACGAUUAUGUGCUGUCAGCAAUUGAUAACUUGAGGAACCAACCGGACUUGACAAGGUUCCAAGAUCUUCAGGCUCUAGGGAGUGACCAGGGGCCUUUUUAUGGAAACCCUAAUCUUGGGGUAGUGAGCUGGUUGACACUGCCUCUAUAUGGUCUUGAUUUUGGAUGGGGAAAGGAAAUUUAUAUGGGUCCUGGAACGCAUGGUUUUGAUGGGGACUCUCUGAUCCUUCCAAGUCCUGAUGGAAAUGGUUCUGCGAUUGUGGCCUUGUGUCUACAAGUUGCCCAUAUGGAUGCUUUUAAGAAGCACUUCUAUGAAGAUAUUAUAUGA